AACGUCGGCUCAUGAGUUUUUCGCACAAGCUCCUGAGGAAAAAGCGAUAUACCUAAAAGAAGUGAGUCCAAGCAAGCUGGUUAAGUACGGAACGAGCUUCGUGCCAGAUAAGGAGAAGGCGAUUGAGUGGAAGGAUUAUGUGAGCAUGAUGUACACCAGUGACCAUGAGGCUCUUCAACACUGGCCUCAACCAUGCAGAGAUGUGGCACUUAAGUUCAUGAAGUCAUCCAUGGAAAUGGUGAAAAAUGUAGUCAACAUUCUGAUGGAAAAUGUAGGAGUGAAACUAGAAGAAGAGAGGAUGAAUGGUUUGAUGGGAACCAAGAUGGUCAACAUGAAUUACUACCCCACCUGUCCGAGCCCCGAACUGACCAUUGGCGUUGGCCGUCACUCCGACAUGGGUAUGUUGACUGUUUUAUUACAAGACGGCAUUGGUGGUCUAUACGUUAAACUAGACAACGGUGAAUGGGCCGAGAUCCCUCCUGUCCACGGAGCUUUAGUCAUCAACAUCGGCGACACUAUGCAGAUUUUGAGCAAUGGGAAGUACAAAAGUGCCGAGCAUAGGGUUCGAACCACAAACAUCGGAUCAAGAGUCUCUGUGCCCAUUUUCACGGCACCUAAUCCCUCAGAGAAGAUAGGACCAUUGCCGGAAGUUGUGAAACGCGAUGGAGUGGCUAGAUACAAGGAGUUGUUGUUUCAAGACUACAUGAAUAACUUCUUCGGCCAACCACACGACGGCAAAAAAUCUCUCGACUUCGCACGUGCCGAGUGAUACUAUCAGCAGUUGUCACGUAUUAAAUCAACCACAACGACCAUGUUUCUCCUUUUUAUCCUUUGUCCUUUUUUUUAUUUUUAUCCUUAGUCCCACGUUAAACUGAGUUGUUGUUUCUCUUUUUUGUUUUUCUUUUUUGAUGUAAUUUUUUUUUAAUCCUUCUCG